UCAAAUAUACACUAAGCUUUGAAUUCUCAUAAACAUCAGUGAGAGAUAUGGCAAGGAAGCUGCUGAAGGUUCCAUCCUUUAAGAGAAUGAUUUCAUCUCCAAGAUCCAAUGAUGUCUGUUCUGAUUUCGAUGCAUGCAGCACAUCAUUUGUUGCAGAUAAGGGCCAUUUCAAUGUGUACACUUCAGAGGGGAAGCGUUUCAUGGUUCCAUUGGCAUACCUUGACAAUAAUAUUUUUAAGGAGCUCUUGAGGAUAUCAGAAGAAGAAUUCGGUUUGCCAGGUGAUGGUCCCAUCACAUUGCCCUGUGAUGCCGCAUCCAUGGAAUAUGUGCUGUCUUUGCUUAGAAGAGGAGUGUCUAAGGAGAUGGAGAUGCAGUUGCUUAGCUCCAUCUUCAUCUCUUGCCAAUCAGCAUGUUCUAUGCUUGCUGUUGAGCAACCUCAACAAGUAGCAGUUUGCAGUUUUUAAUUACUUGUAAUAACA